AUGUCUGCCGAGAUCGAACACCCUUUGACCAGACUCGACUCUGCUGUCUCUGACACCACUUACGAGCCUGGCCACGAGAAGCAGAUCAAGCAUCGCAGAACCAGCAGUACCGUCUCGGGCGUUUUCAGAAUCGAAGACCUAGAUGCUGACAAUGCCCAGGNNAAGCUAAACAAGAACCCAAACACAAUCGAUGACAAGGACAUGUUANAAAAGUUGCUCGUGACGCCGCCAGUCAAGAAGAUUGACCUACACUUCCCACUAGGACUUAACGUCACUGCCCGCAACAUGAAAGGUGUGACGAUUAAGGACGCAGUAGAUGCCAUCUACAAGCAGUUCAAGAAGAAGGAGGACGAUGACAUGGGAGAGAACCCCUACCUCGCUGGUUUCGAGUGGGACAGAGAAGAGUGCUACACCCGCUUCAUCGUUCACCAGAAGAAGACUCCUGGAACCAACGAUGGCGCCCCCAGCGGAGGCAGCAAGAAGAAGGGCAAGAAGGACAAGAAGGAAGAGGUUGACCCUCUACUCAUCUAA